GCAUGCACCCAUGGUGUAGCAGCUUUUUUUUCUUUUUUCUUUUUACUCUGCAACGCUGAAUAGCAGGUGGGUGGUACAGAGACUAUCAAACAAUUCUUUCAACUAACACUAAUAAUACACACACACACUCACCGAAGAUACCUAGCGUACCAGUAGAACAUGGAUUUGCAGAGCCAAAGUUUUGAUGGUGGAGGAGAAGGAAUCAAUGGAUGUUUCACAUGUUCAAGUGCAGGUGCUCUUCGUUAUUUUCUAAAUGAAUGGAGUUUUGCAACAACAAUUUGCGGGAACUGUACCAAGUAAAUUUGUUAACAGUAAUGUACUAUCAAGGCCUGGUGCUUUAUUAUUAACUCCAGAAAAGGUUCAACUGAAGGGGGCUGAAAAAAGGUCUAGAAAAAACAGAAAAUUGCAAACGGUGCCCCAAUUAAACCAGCCAUGUUUUCAGCUAAAUCUACUCGUCGUUACUCUUGGUGGUGGGAUAGCCACCUUAGCCCCAAAAAUUCCAAAUGGCUUCAAGAAAAUCUGACAGAUAUGGAUGCCAAUGUCAAAGCCAUGUUGAAGCUCAUAGAAGAGGAUGCCGAUUCAUUUGCCAAGCGGGCAGAAAUGUAUUACAAAAAACGACCAGAGCUUGUGCAUCUGGUUGAAGAGUUUUAUAGAGCAUAUCGUGCUUUAGCAGAAAGGUAUGAUCAUAUUUCUGGGGAGCUGCGGCAAGUGCAUUAUACUAUUGCAGAGGCAUUUCCAAACCAAAUGCAGCAUGUAAUGCAUGGAGACUUUCCUCAAGCAUCUAGCUUGGAAUGGGCAAGUGAUCAAUCUUUUGAAAGUCCACUAAAAACAAAGAGUGUAUUUGAUACUGAUGAAAUGAUUAAAAGUGAUGGUCAGAAAGUGGAUUCUCCUUUUCAGGUGCAUAAUAAGGCCAUAUCUUCUCCUAAUGCAACAGAGGAUGCAAGUGAAGUAGCAAAAAUACAGGGAUUGAAGCAGGUGAUUGAUAUAAUCAAAGAAUACAAGGCCCUAGAGAAAAGGAUAUUGCAGUUGCAAGAGGAGUUGAAUAAUGUCCAAAUAGAGAAGCAGAAAAUGAAAGAAGAUUCAUUGUCUCAAGUCAAACAAAUCAAUUCUCUUGAGGAACAAUUAUUCUCUUUGAAGAAGCAAAACAAAGAGCUUGACGAUGAAGGGCAGGCACUAAGACUCAAACUAGAAAUUGAAAGCAAGCAACAUCAAAAUCUUCAAACAGAAAUGCAAAAUUUAAAAGCAGGAUCACAGAACACAAACCAGGGGAGCACAGAAAAAGGAAUUCAGUCUGCAGAUUUCUAUGAACAAAAUGGAGAUAGAAAUGAUAAAAAGCAUAACGUUAAAGAUGAGCUUAAUGAGUUGCAACAAGAGAACACAAGGCUUAGUGAACUGGUUAUGAAGGGUGUUCAGCGGCUGGAAAAGGCAGAAGAAGAAACUCAAAAUCUUCAACAGGCUCUUUCAGAAUUACAUGAAGAGAAAGAGAAUUUGAUUCUUAAGCGCCAAAAUGAUCUCAUUCUUUUCCAGACAUCUAAAAAUAAAGAAAAGGAUUUGCAGGUUAGAUUGGUUCUCUUACAAGAAGAAAAUAAUAGGAUUAAAGAUGAGCUAUCAGCUGGAGCUGUGCACUUGAAGAUAAUGGAAGAGAAGACACGCAACUUAGAAAGUGAGAAGAAUGCUGUUCAGUUAGAGAAGGGGCAUAUAAUCCAGAAGACAGGCUUGCUAAUAGAAGAAUUGACUUCUAUGCGCAAUGAGGAACAGAAACUUAGAAUGAGACUACAAGAUGAGACAACUAACAGCAGGAGGAUCGAUGCAGCCCUGAAAAGCUGUCAACAGGCUUUAAGUCAGUCACAGGAACAGCAAAAAUUACUGACAGCAGAGAUACAAGUUGGAACCCAGAGGCUUAAAGAUGCCAACAGAAAAAUUAAAUUUCUACAGGGAGAGAUUUCAGAGCUACAAAAACAAAAUAGCAAUAUGGCUGAACAAAUCUCAUCUGGAUCAAUGUCCAUCAAGGAUCUAGAAGGGGAAAUUUUCAAGAUGAAGCAAGAGAAAAUUGAUUUGUUAAAUGCUGUUGCAUUUCGUGUGGACCAGAGGAAUGCUCUGCAGCAAGAACUGUACUGCUUGCGAGAAGAAAGAAAUGAUUUGGACAGAAGAUUUCAGACAAUUGAGAAGCAAAUUGAACCAUUAGGAUUGGACCUGAAUAAUUUACAGUCUUAUUUUGUAAGUCUACAAGAAGACAACCAAAAAUUGACAGAGCUUUGCAGAAAAUAUAAUGAUGAGAACUCAACAAUGUCAACUAUUGUAAAACAACGGGAGGAAGAGCUGGUAGAGAGAAAGAAAGCCAUAGAAGAUCUGGUGUCAGUCCACACACUAGAGAUAGAGAAACUUAAAGAUGACAUGAAGAAUCUGCAUCUCUUGUACCAGGAUUUGCAGGAAGAGAAGCUUAUGCUAACAGCUGAGAGUGAGCAGCAGAAAAACCAGAGGAACGUAUUAGAAACACAUUUACAUGACUUCCAGAAAAGGCAUUCUCAACUUGAAAGAGAAAACUUGGAGCUGGAGGAGAAGUUGAAAAACUUAUUGGGAAAUGUCGAACACCUUCGUGAGCAACUGCAUGUUUUCCAAAGUGAGAAAGAAAAAGCUGAUUGUGACAUCACAGCAUGUCAUAGUCAAAUAAGUAAUUUGGAAAAACAGGUUUCCCUAUUGCAAGCAGAUGGAAAUGAUUUGAGGACUAAAAUACAAGAAGAAACUGGAAAACAGGAAAAAAUUCAAAUUGAGAUGGGGAAGUUAAAGCAAUUACUAGAUCAAAUGGAAGAGAGGAAUACAGCACUAUCAGAUGAAUGCCAAAAACAUAUUGGAGAAUUUAUGGCUGUAGAAGAAAGGAUGACAAAAGUAGAAAGGGAACUACACGUACAAAACAUGGAAAAUGUUUCCUUGGUGGAUAACCUUUCUUUGAAAGUGAAAUUUAACAAAGAACUGAAACUACAGAUUCAGAAACUUCAGAACUUACUUCUUGUACCUGAUAUUGAGGGGUGGCAAGAGGAAGAUGCACACAUACAAAGCAUGCAGCUGUUUGAUAAUAUUAUAAAAAAAGUCAAAAUCAUUCAAACAGAUCUUUUGUGUGUUGAAGAAGCAAACAAGAGACUUUCCACUGUUGUAGCAGCAAUGAGUAUACAUGUAGAACAGUUGAAAACAGAUGUAUCUGUUAUGCAAUCAGAAAAACAUUCCCUUGAAGAAGAGGCCGCAAUCAGUUCUCAGAACUUAGAAAAGUUGCAAAAGGAUCUUUUAAUUUCAGAACAUGCAGCAGAUAGUCUAAGAAUACAAUUGCAAGUCACUGAAGAGAGAGGCAGAAAUCUAGAAGAAGAAACAAGGAAUUUGCAAUACGCUUUAAUGAGUUCUGAAAAUGCAAAGUUGGUGUUGCAAAAUGAACAUCACAGAACUCUACAAAAUUACGAUUCUGUCAAAGCACACCUUGCAGAAUUACAAGGCAGAUUUUGUGUUGGUGAAAAAGAAACCCAGAUGUUUCUCACUGAAGUCCUGACACAAAUAAGUUUAAUAACUAUCCUAGAAAGUAAUCUUGGUGAAAGGGAUGAGAAAAUACAGCAAUUGAUUGAACGGUUACAGAAGUUAGAUGAAGAAAAAAAAGAGCUAGAAAACGAGGUGCAAACAGGUUCAAGAAAAUCACAAAUGUUAGAAGUUGAGAUGAAUCACCUUCAGAAAACCGUACAAAGCUUUGAGGCUGACAAGAGACAUGCAGAUGCAUUGCAGAGUGAAUUUAAUCUUCUCAGUGCAAAGUUUGAACAGAUGAAUCAUCAAGUAGAAACUGAUAGUUACUUAAUAAAAGAAAAGGAUAAAGUGCUUGAUGAAUUAAGGCAGCGACAGCAAGCUGUUGAGGAAGAAAAUGCAUUAUUGGCAGCAGAUUUUUUAAGCAUGAAGAAGGAACGUGCCAUGGAUGAAAUGACAUUGAAUAAACUUCAGCUGCAAGUUUCCUUAAUGACAGAGGAGAUUAACCAUCUCAGCGAAUCAGAAAGAAAUCUAGAAGAAGAAUUGAAGAAUCUGCAACAUUCUUUAGUUAGUUCUCAUGAUGGGCACUUGUUAUUGCAAGAUGAACACCAGAGAACUCUACAAGAUUACAAUGCAAUUAAAACACAAAUUGAUCAAUUACAAGGCAGAUUUUGUGCUGUUGAACAAGAAAAUACAUUGUUUGUUGUUGAAUUUCUCACACAAAUGAAUCUUCUUACUAUAUUGGAGAGUAACAUUCUUGAAAGGGAUGAGCAUGUACAGCAAUUGGUUGAAAGUUUAAGCAAGUUGCACAAAGAGAAAAUGGAGCUUGAAAGCAAAAUGCAAACAGGUGCUAGAAAAUCACAAAUGCUAGAAACUAAGGUACAGAAACUUCAGGAGGUGAUGCAAAUAUUCCACGAGGAGAAGAGACAUGCAGAUACAUUGCAGAAAGAGUUUAAACUGCUUAAUGAAAAGUGUGAGCAAAUAAACCUUCAGCGACAAACUGGUAAUCACCUGUUGAAAGAAAAGGACAAGAUACUUGGUGAGCUAAGGCAGCAGUUGCAAGCUUCUGAUGAAGAAAAGAUAGCAUUAUCAAAAGAUAUGGAAAAUGUGAAACAGGAGCAUGCCAGAAUUCAAAUGACUGUGAAUGAACUUUCACAGCAAAUGUGCUCAUUGACAGAUGACAAUAUUCAUCUCAAGCAAGAAUUAUCAGAUGCAAACAAAAACAAGACAAAAGCAAAAGAGGAAUUGCAUGGCAUGCAAAGAAAGAUCGAGAUUCUUAGCAAGAAGUUAUUUUCUAGUGAAGUGCAGGAAAAGAAGCUGCAGAGUGAUGUUUUAUGGCUUAGAGAAGAAGGAGAUGAGCUAAGAAGUCAAUUGCGAAAUCAAACUGAGCAGGCUACUGUAUUGGAACUAGAUGUAGAGGAAAUGUUUGAAGCCCAGCAAUCCACCCUGCUAGAGAAUGUACUGUUGAAAGAUGGAAUUCAAAAGAUCUAUCAUGCAUGCCAAUUACUUCAGGCACAGACAAGGGAGCUUGAAGAAGAGAAGAAGAAACAAGAUGCUGAGGCAACAACUCAGGUUGCUUACAUAAAAUUGCUUGAGCAAAAUAUUGCUGAUCUGGAAACUGGAAAGAACAAUGCAGGAGCUAAAGUUGCAACGAUAUUCAGCCUACUUGGCCCUUUUAAAGAAGAUGUAUGCAUGUUGAAGCAAGAAGUUUUGGAUCAAAUGAAUGCCCUCAAAAAGGACACUCACAAACUUAAGGAUGAUCUGCUGGAGUCACUUGAAGAUGCCAGGAGUAAAUUGCAAGAAACAAACCUGGAAACAUGUGGGGAAAAAGAAAGUCGAGUUUAUGGCGUGCAGAAGCUGCAGGCACAGAUUGAACAUGUUGACACAGAGUAUGAAGAGAAAAAUCAGACUUUGAAAGAUGAAUCCCAUGGAUCUGUUGCAGAAGAUUCUGAUUUCAAUGUCAGGUUAGAGGAUCCAUUAAAUGGGGAAAUGCAAUUAGAAUCAGGAAACAAUUCACAAAAAAUGGAACUACAUGAACACACACAAAAUGCUGGUCAACUACAGGAGACAAUGAUCAUUCAGGAUGGACAACAUCUACAAUCGAAAGAGGUGGAGAGCUUAAAGGCCAAGCUUGAGGAAACAAAAAAGCACCAAAUGCAUGUGUUAAAGCUGCUUGAGUUGGUCAUUGGUCCAAAGCCAGGUGGAGUAUCAUUAGAUGUGGAAAGCUGCCAACUUGCAGAAGAUAAACUUAAGGAAAUCCUCCAAGAAAUGCUUUGCUUGAAACAUGAAAAUGAGAAGCUUAAAGAUUAUACCUUGCGCCUGUCAUGUGAGAUUGAAAACUUUGAAGCUGCUUUAGGUUUGAAGUACAAAAAAGGCAUCAAUGAUGGCCCCUCACAAUCAUACAGUCAUAGAAAAAAAUUGAACCAUAAGACCAAGCGUAUUGAAGACAGGAGUUGUAUACCUAAUGGUUCAAUUCAAUGGGAGCUAAAUAGUGAGGGAGAUAAGUAUCUGACAUUAGAGAAAGGAUGUGAAAUUGAAUAUCAAAAUGAAGUGUCCUUUGAGAAAGAUAAAAUGUUGCAUGACGAAUAUGAUAUAGAGGUCGCAGAUUCUUAUGCAUGCAGAGAUAAGGGAUUGCUCCCAAUGCAGGAGAGUGUUCAUGAUUUGGACUCCAUCACUGGCAAAAAUAACACUGUUUUGGAAGAUUUUGAUCUUUUCCAGGAGAAGCAUGCCAGGGUAGAGAAUCAAGUUAAGGAACUGAGUGAAAAAGGCAAAGUUAUUGAUGUCAAGUCUAAAGCAGCACAAGAUCUGGCAAUGAAGUCAGUAGAGAUGCAACCCACAGUAGUAGACAUAGAAAAAUUGAAAGACAAGAUAAAAGGAUUGCAGGCUCAAUUAAAAAUCCUACAGCAGGAGAAUAUUCAACUUAAAGGUGAGGGUACUAAUAGCAAAAAAGUGGAUUUUCAAGAGCUUUCCCAUAGUAGGAAGGCAGAGUUGUUUGAAGUGGAAUCAUUGGAAUCGCAAGAGGAGAAAGAGGUGGUGGUUGAUGAAGUGAAAAUCCUGGCACAGACCAAUGAUAUUGGAGAACUUGAUAUCUUGCAAGAGGAAAACAGAAAAUAUUGGACCCGGCUUGAUUUUGUCAAUAAAAAAGUUCAAAGCCUUCAAAAUGCCAUUCAGGAGUUGCAACAGAGGCUGAAGACUGUCAAGCAGAAGAAUAAAAAAUUGAAGGAUGACAGAUGGUAUAAGGGAUUGGAUUAUAAGUCUCUCGAAAAACAGUUAAAAGAGCACCAAGGACAGCUCAAGCAGUUGGUAGAACACAACAAUAGACUGAGAAAGGAUGUCAAAUAUGUGUUUGCUUGUAUUAGUAGAAUACAGGAUGAUAAAAGUGGCCGGGAACAUAAAUCUGAUGAAGAGACUUUAAUCAGCUGUCAGCAAAAUGCCAGAAUAUCAGAGAGAUUAGAAAGUGGUUCAGAGAAGGCCCGGGUUUUGGAAUCAGAGGUUCAAAGGAUCCGGCUUACCCUCGUGAGGUUCCAACAACAAGUAUUGGAUGAAGGACCCAAGAUCAGAGUUCCAUUACGAACCUUCCUUGUUGGCAGUAACAAGAAGGAACGUCCUCUCAAGAAACCAGCAUGUUGUGCCUGCAUGCACCCUCCUACUCUCAACUAGACAAGAUGUAGGCUGAGGUGUUAUCUUAGGGUUGGGGGGUGCCUUCUCAAAACUCUUAGGCUCUACUGCCAAGAAGUUUGUGUUCACAAUAACUAUAGCCUAGUGGGUGUUUUGUCCAUAUAUAAACUAAUCCUCACAGGGAAGGAAAACAAUCAUCUACAAUCUAAGAAUCUAGACUAAUCAAAUCAAUUCACACAAAUAUUUUUUUCUACUGUCAGCUAAUUCCUUCCGAGUACUCAAGAGAAGCUAGAAUGCAGCUCUAAAUGUUCUCUAAAUGUUCAUAUGCAGUUUAGUUAAUCAAACAUAACUCAAGGAUCACAUGCCGCACAAUGGGUAAGGUCGGUCUCCUUUCAGCACCCUUGCCAUGUUUAACUCAAUACUCACCAAUAAUGAGUUCUGUAUUUUAUGUUGUU